GGACGUGAGAGCAUCUCUCUCCUCCUCCACCUCCUCCUCCUCUUCGUCUUCAUCACUUCUUCAUUGUUGCUGGUAGAAGGAGGAGUGGAGCAGCUUUCUCUCUCUCUCUCUCUCUCUCUCUCUCUCUUUCUCUCUCUCCCUCUAUCAUUCCCUCUCUUCAUCCCUCUGUCUCAGUCAGUGUCUCUAACUCUCUGUGUUUGGUUCAAUUAUGGAUCUGUUCCUGCUGCUCUGUGGGCUUUACACCAUCACUCUGAUCAACGCUGUGUCCGCUGCCUCGCACUGUGAGUACACACACACACACUCACACACACACUUGUCUGUUGAUGCUGGUUCUUGCAUGUGUGUGUGUGUGUCGGUGUGUGUGAACAUGAUGAAGGUCAUUAGUUUUUAGCUCUCUGCUCUCUGAGGGUCUGUAUCUGUUUCCCUCUCUCUCUCUCUCCUCUGUCAGAGACUCUCUUCACACACACUGACCACACACACCUCCGCUUCACUCCAAGACACACACAUCCAGCUGAAGUUUAGGCAGCCACUAGAGGGCGCCUUUCUGCCUCUUCAUGCAAACACAGUUAUGUUUUACAUAAAUCAGUAGAAACAAGCUCAGAGCAGACUGAUGGUAAUGAAAGUAUUAUUGAUAACCCUUUAAUGCCUUUUGUGUUAUAUUUGAUACAUACUUCUAUCAAUCAAUAUGAUCAACAAAUUACUAAAAAAAACACCUGAAUACAGUCUGAUAAAUGAUAAAAAUGUCCCCUUGUUGUUAAUUAGUUUCUAAAAACAUCUAAUGUAUCAAAUGAGAUAGAUAAAUAUAUUUGUUAAAUUUUAAGGACAUUUUGAUUUUUUUGGUUUUCAGUGGUAAGUAAAAUAAACAUUUCCGCUCCAAAAAAUUUUUUAUUUUCUGGUCAUAAUUUGUGGUUUCAGGCAUUAAAGGGAUAAUAAUGAUAUCCAUGUUUAGUCAGUGAAACUCUCACUUUAUUAUCCUAAAAUAUCACCACCUGUUAGUCAACCUUCAUUAAGAGACCAUCAACUCACCAGAUUUGACUGAACCAAUUAAAUACCUACAAAAUGGUGCUAAACUUCAAACAGAUCCAGUUUUAGUAUUUUCAUAAAUUAGACAUAAAUCAGUGAUGGAGUAAAAACUGCCUCAUGUCCUUCAUUUUCAGGAGUGUAGAGCUCUGACUUUAUCAGAUUAACUUCAUCUCUGGGCUCGAGGACAUUUUCAGAUAAUCUGGAGAUAUCAGCUGUUUUAGUUCAGAUUGAUCACAAAGAUAAUUUUUAUCUUUAUAAUCUGAAUUAUCUGCAGAUUAGUUCUAAAUCAGUGAUCAGAGGGACAGAGCUUUACUGUCACGGAGGACUCUUUGACCUGAAUCAGUCACACUACAGAAAAUAUUAAGAUAUACUGUUUAUUAUUGAUAAUAUAAUCAACUCACUUUGUGACAGAGAGCACAGAUCCAGCCUGUAAUCUGUCAGCAGCAGAUUACAGUAAUUCGGUGUAAUCUGUUCUGUUAUAAAGGUGAAUCCUGUUAAUCUGAAGGUGUGAAUGAGUCUGAAUUAUUCAUGUUGGUGUGAGAGGUCAGAGGUCAUCACUAUAGACAGAGAGUGAUGUUCAUUAGAGGUCAGAGGGAAGAUGCAGGUCUGAGUUUGAACCGUGAGAGAUCUUGGCUCUGUUUGCUCUGUUUGGGAUCUUUCUCACCAUGUCUGUAAAAUGAUCAAUGACUCUGUGUGAGGGUUUCUGAUCAGAUCAGGGUCAUAUUUCAGAUCAUAAAUCACUAAUUUGAUAAUCUGAUGGAGCAGCUGGCUCUGUGACACGCUCUGUUGCCGAUCCAUAAAUCCACAGAAAUCCUCCAAACUCUCCUGCUGACUCACAGACGGACACACCGGAGGUUUUAAUGAGCUCUGAUCCUCCUCUCUGUGGAAAUAAACCACGGUGUGUGUGUCUGUGUAAGUGAUUCAGACACACUGAAGCUUCACUCUCAGGUUCACUCUGAGAUUCACUGACAGAUCUGCACCACCAGUGCACCACUGGAAUUUAGAGCUCAUGUUGGACCCAGUUUUCUGUCGGUGAAAAUAUAGUCUGUUCAUAUAACUGUAUUUGCACGGAGCCCCACAAUCCCAGAGCAAGAGAAAUCUAACCACUUGCAGAUCCAGGUGCACAGUUUCAGACCCACACUCACAGUUCUGCUUGUGACUUAUUAUUUUUUCUUUACAUGGCAGCUCAGGGAUCUGUACGUGUGUUUUAUGUAGAAGUCUAACUGUUUAUCCAUAGGAGACAAGGUUACCUCCUUGUACCUCCUUGUGUGGAGGGUCAUGAAAGCCAUGACCCUCCACACAACACAGCUAUCUUAAAUGAAGCCCACGCAGAAACUCAGACUGGUAUCGAGCAUACCAACAGUGUCCUGCAGGAAAGCAUCACAGAACUACUCACAAGAGAAAAUAGAUUUUCUAAAUUCAACCGGAAAUAAAACUUGGGUGACCAUAUUCUGACUUCCCAAAGAGGUGACACAAUUACACAGGGGCGGAGUCACUGAGUCACACAAAGUUAAUUUUGAGAGUUUUUUGGGUUGGAUCGAGUGUCUUUUACAUGCUUCGAACUCAGUAAGUCCACGUGACACAAACUCAAAACUUUCGUACAAAACCGCGGACAUUUGAAGGAUUUUAUAAACUUCCUCGAACAAAGCCAGACAAGGCCAAACAGCCCCCAUAAAAGGAGGACAUGUCCGGGUAAAAGAGGACUUUCGUUGACCUUAGUCUAACAGUUUAUUAUAAGGAGAUAAGGUUACCCACUGAAGCCAUGACCCUCCACACACAACGCUGCUAGCUAAAAUGAAGCCCACACAGAGAUUCAGAAUGGUUUCGAGUACACUAACAGUGUCCUGAAGGUGAGCAUCACAGAACUACUCACAAGAGAAAAUACAUUUUCUAAAUUCUAGUUCAACUAAAGCACACUUCACUCUUUACUUCUGUUUUGCUCUCUCUCUCUCUCUCUCUCUCUCUCUCUCUCUCUCUCUCUCUCUCUCUCUCUCUCUCUCUCUCUCUCUCUCUCUCUCUCUCUCUCUCUCUCUCUCUCUCUCUCUCUCUUUCUUUUUCUGCACCACGCUCACUGGUCCACAGGAAGCACAUAUCCACAUCUCCUUAUAUGGCGUUAUUGGCUUUCAAGUCAGUUAAAUAACAAUAAAAUUUGGAUUCAUGAUCAGACACACUUACCUACAAUCUGUAACAACGAACCAGGAUUUGGACCCAAAAGCUGGACUCAGGAGGCAGAUAGAAGUCAGAGUUGGUUCAAUCAAAAAGGGUUCAGUACACAGGUAGGCAGAGGUAACCAAAACGAAAGUCAAAAAAAUCAGUCAAAUCCAAAAAACAGGAAGGCAAACACACGGGAAAUGCUGGAAAGUUUGACACAAAGGAACAAGACGAACUGGCAGAGAAGGGAGAGAAGGCUGAGCUAGAAUACACACAGGGAGUGGAGAUAACAAGACACAGGUGGACCACAUUAGGCCAAUCAGGGAGCAGGGCAAGAGACACAGGUACAUUUCAAAAUAAAACAGGAAGGACAUAACAAGAAACAUGAGGAAGGGUAAAUAAAUUAUCUUUACUAAACCAAAGACACGACACAGUCAAAUCAUGUUUGUGAAUCGAGGAACUUUCAUGAACAAAUCUACAUGAGCUGAUGGUGAAUCCUGUGAGCGGGUCCAGAUAACUCAGGAAUAAACCUGCAAAAUAAAGCUCUUUAGUUUGUCAUGUUUGUCAAAGUGGCAGAUUUACUAUCAGAGACGAUGAGAUUAGAAUAUAAACCUGGGGAUCAUCAGUCUGCAGCGUCCUGCAGGCUUUGAUAAGCUGCUGAUAUCUGAGAGAAGCUUUUAGGCUGAUUAUAAACGCUGUGACCGUCGAAAGAGUCCGAGCGCGAGGCUGCGUGAGAGCGAGGUUUUUAAAGGGUCAUUGUCUCCUCUGCUGGCAAAGGGGAAACUACAAACUGACAGACAGAGAGACAGCUGACUCUGUCAUCAACUUGUUUCAGUCUGAAUUUUACCCUUUCAAAAUAAAACAGAAUAUAUAACUCACCUUUAACAUUCAACCUUUAAAGCUACAUGAAGAGUAAAAUCAAGAAAUUAAAGAUGAUAAAAAUUAAGUUGCAGUGCCUUAAAACACCUGAUUGGUUUCUGUUCCUCUGACAUGUAGAUCGCUGUGUCAUCUGCGUACAUGUUGAUAUUAAUGCAGGAGGAGACCAUAAACAGACACAGAACUACAGCAGGAUGAGAUGGACGCCCUGAGGGACACCAGCGGGGCUUCUAUUAAUCAUGUCUGACCUUGAUAAAACCUCUCAGCCUUCAUGAAGCUCUUUGUUAACAGGAUGUUUCAGAGAGUCCAGAGCACAGACCGAGUUCAAAACACGAGUUAGUGCUUUAUCACUGUGUCCACAGAGGACAGGACAGGGAUGGUCUCUGUUAUUAUUUAACUUCACACUGGAUCAGUGAAACCCAAUCUGGUCCUCCAAGUGAGUCCUCAGAGCAGCUCUCUAGUUUCCUCUUCUUCCUCUGUCCAAAAUAUUUAAGGAAACAUUUACAAAACAAAACCUUUUUCCAUUUUUUAAAUAACCAAAAGGAUUCAUAAAACUUAACAUCACUUCUUCACACACAGUGUAAAUGUCUCACAGUCUGUCCUCUGUCCUCCUUAGAUAACUGUAACAGUCCCUUGGUGUCUUCGCUACCUCAGUCGUCCUUCAGAAGCUCGUCUCAGUCGUCCUACAGCUCUGCAGCUCACAAUGCCAAGAUCAACCGCAGAGAUGGUGAGUACAGACAGGAGGUCAGUCGUUUCAAACAUCACAUCAUAAACCUGUUGGAUAUAACAGAAAACAAAAGCAAAACCUUCUCUCCCCCCUCAGGAGCAGGAGGGUGGUCCCCUGUAUUGACAGAUCGGGAGCCCUGGCUGCAGCUGGACCUCAGGGAGCAGGUGGAGGUGACGGCUGUGGCCACACAGGGGCGCUCUGCCAGCUUGGACUGGGUGAGCAGGUACCUGCUGCUGUACAGCGACACGGGCCAGGUGUGGAGACAGUACAGACAGGAGGACGGGGGAGGGGUGAGUCUGACAAACCUCUACCUGAACUAAACGUCUCAGUUGGUAUAACUAGAGAAGCAAGCAGUCGGCAACAUUCAUCUCUCGAUGGGGUGUCUAACUCUGUGUUACAAUGCGUUUGACCCGAACUUAUUUUUAUGCCAGAAUAUCCCUUUAAUGACCUGGGUCACAUCUUCUGUCCCUUUGUUUUCAGAUGUUUGUGGGGAACGUGAACUCAGAGUCCAUCGUGCAGAACAAGCUGUCCCCCUCAGUGAAGACUCGGUUCCUACGUUUCGUCCCUCUGGACUGGAACCCGAGCGGCUGGCUGGGCCUCAGGGUGGAGGUGUACGGCUGCUCCCACAGUGAGUGAGAAACAUCAAAUAGUACCCCUAACCUCCUGCAGACUGUCUGUUGAAAUAUUUCAAUGCUUCACAAACACAGUUAGGACAAAAAAAAUACUGCAACUCAUGCAGUAAAUUAAACAUUGUGUGUUUGCAUGUAAAGCAAGGUGGGGAGAGCACCAGCAAAGACCACCAGAGCAGCCCAGCCCUCCAUGCUGCUGCUUAAUUAUCCCGUUUUUACUCUAUGAUCCUGACGUCUCUUUCAGAGUCAGACGUGGUGGACUUCGACGGCAGGAGCUCUCUGCUGUAUCGUUUUAAUCAGAAGUCGAUGUCGACGGUGAAAGACGUGAUCUCUCUGCGCUUCAAGAGUCGACAAGCUGAGGGGGUGUUACUGCACGGCGAGGGGCAAAGAGGCGACUACAUCACCCUGGAGCUCCACCGGGGGAAACUGGCCCUUUACCUAAACCUGGGUGAGACACAUCAACACCUCACUGAACUAAUGCACGAUGUUUGAAUGAAGGUCAUGAGAACGUUUCACAGCCUGAUCAGCCUCUCAGUCUGAAUGAGGAAACAUCCUCAGGGUUAGAUCAGCUAAAUCUCUGAAUUGAAGUAGUGGUUCAUACCUGUUGUGUCUGAUCAUUGUAUAUGUGUCCGGCAGACGACAAUCGGCUCAGAUACAGCAGCAGUCGGGUAGCCGUCACGGUGGGCUCUCUGCUGGACGACCAGCAAUGGCACUCGGUCCUCAUCGAGCGCUUUAACAGACACGUCAACCUGAGCGUGGACUCGCACACGGAGCACUUCACCACCAGGGGGGAGGGGGACUCUCUGGAGGUCAACUACGAGGUCAGUACCACCUGAAACUGGACUUUAAAAACACGUAAACAGUCUGAUUGGAAUCGCACCUAAGAUAACUUGGUUGGGGAUGAAAUGAUUAUUAUUUAACUGUUCUGUUUGUUGUCUGCGCUCCAGCUGAGUUUUGGAGGCAUCCCUCUGCCCGGUAAACCUGGUACCUUCCUCAGGAGGAACUUUCAGGGCUGCAUCGAGAACCUUUAUUACAACGGCAUCAAUAUCAUCGACCUCGCCAAAAGACGCAAACCACAGAUUUACAGCGUGGUGAGUCAGAUAAAAGUCCCUGAGAUCAGUCCAGAGAGGAUUGUCAGUGUUUACAGCCGGAGUUUAAUGAAGUUAUUUCAGCUGAAGGUGAACCGGUGGAUUCAUGGACAUAGUUCAAAUAGUAACAGAGCUGAUCCUCUUCCUCUGCUUCCCUUCUCUCAGGGUAACGUGACCUUCUCCUGCUCACGGCCAACGCUGGCCGCCGUCACCUUCCUGAGCUCCAGCAGCAGCUUCCUGUCGCUGCCCUUAACUUCGACGUCGGCGACCAUGGGAGGUUUCUCCGUUCAGUUUCAGUUCAGGACGUGGAAUCCUGACGGGCUGCUGCUGUCCGUCAGGCUGAACCGGGACAACCAGAGACUGGACUUACAGAUCAGGAACCAGAGGCUGAUCCUGACCCUCCAAGAGGCCGGAGAACAUAGACCAGAGACCUCUGCAGGUCAGGAUGGAGCCACAUAAACACCUCUCUGUUUCUGCAGGCAGCCGGUUUUUGUUUCCAGCCUCAGUGACAUUCACUGUUUGUUCUCAGGUCACCGAGUCAAUGACGGACUGUGGCACUCUGUGAGUCUGGACACUCGGGGUCUUCAGGUCAGUCUGACUCUGGACAGCGAGCCGGCCUCCACCCUGCAGCAGCGGGAGCAGUUGGAGGCCACAGGCAGCUUCUACUUUGGAGGUGUGUGUGAUGAAUGAGCUGUGUUCUCCUCCAUCAUCAGAGUGAGACCUCCACCUGUGUGUUCAGAUGAAGAUCUUUGUUCUUCCUGUGUCCUCUCCGACAGGCUGCCCCCCUGCCGACUGUCACAACCCCACCCUGUCCUUCCAGGGCUGCAUGCGCCUCAUCGCUAUCAACAGCCAGAACAUCAACCUCCAUCAUGUGCAGCAAGGCAUGCUGGGAGUAUACCAGGAGCUUCAGUUCGAAACCUGCACCAUCAGAGACAGGUAAGGCAGAUGUUUGAACUUGGUUAUAAAACCAGCUCUUCAUUUAGGAGGGAUAAAACAGCCCUGUCUUCUGUCCUCUGUCCUCCGUCUUCUCUCCUCUGUCCUGCAGGUGUCUUCCUAACCUGUGUGAACAUGGUGGUCUCUGUCAGCAGACGUGGAGCUCCUUCUCCUGUGAUUGUUCAGGAUCUGGAUACUCUGGAGCCGUCUGUCACAGCGGUCAGUCUCUGCGCCUAAUAGAUCAUCUCUCUUUAUUUUUAGUCCAGUAUAUAGUCAAGAUGGAAAAGGGGGUCCAUGCGCAGCCCCAGGCUUUUUUUUUUGUGCCACCUGUUUAUUUUUUUUUUAAUCCUUCAAAUGUGUAUUUUCAGAAUAUGUCAGGUACCAAGCUGAAUUAAUGUCCGAAAGGCUUCAUUUUUAACCCUUAAGUGCACUUACCCGAACCCAAAGUAGUUUAUGUAGACUAGUAGGUAGUGAAAUGGAAAAAUAGUUGCCAAAUAAGCAUUUUCGACCAUAUUUUGGCCAUAAAUAAAUAAAAACAUAAUCAAAAUGUUGUCAAAUAUAAAAAAUAAAUAUUUUGUUGAAUUCCUUAUGUCAGAGUUGUAUGGGAAAACGUGUUAAUUUAUCUCCGUAGGGUGUUUCCAUCAAAAAUUAUCCAACUCAUAUUCAAAUUUUUUGAGUUCUGGUUAGUGCACUAAAGGGUUAAAAAUGAAGAUUUUAGGACAUUAAUUCAGCUUGGGACCUGGCAUAUUAUGAAAAUGCAGACUUUAUGAAUAAGAAGAAGAAAAAAACAAGUGGCACAAAAAGAGCCAGGGGGUGUGCGUGGACCCCGUUUUUCCAUCUAGACUAUAUACUUUUCGUUGUGUUGAGUGAAUGAAACAGACAUCAGCAGCUUCACCAGCUUUAUUCUGAGUGUUGGGUUUCAUUCUCAAAGUAAUCAGAAAUAUCUCAGAGAUUUGCAGUCAAAGAUCUUCUCCUAAGAGGCGAUGUUCUCAGUUUUCAGCUCAGAGUGUCUGUUUCUCUGCUGGUUUCUGAGGUAAUCCCUGCUCUCUCUCUCUACAGCCGUCUAUGAUCCGUCCUGUGAGGCCAUCAGGCUGAGAGGCGGCUCCUCUGCUUUCUAUUCUAUUGAUCCAGAUGGAAGUGGCCCACUGGGGCCCAUGAAAGUGUACUGCAACAUGACAGGUGAGCUCAGACCCUGCUGUCAUCUCAGGUUUUCUUGAGCCUCUCUGACCUCCUCUGAGACCAGGACCCAGAGCCUAUCACAGACACUUGCAUCCACCUGCUACCUGACAUAUCGCUCUCUUCAGAGACAGACUGUCCUGCUCUUGUCCUCACAGACACACAAACUGUCCUCCUCCACAAACUGUCUUUACACCUCACCAACAGACUCUGUAUCUGGCCUGUACAAAGCUAUGGCUGCCCAUUGACAUGAGUUUUUGUGUGUUUUCUGUGUAGUUUUGGCAACCUCCUAAAGGGAUAUUCCAGCAUAAAAUCAAUUUAAGGUCAAACACACUGUAACACAGCGUUAGACAAUGCCUCGAGAGAUGAAUGUUCCCGACCGCUUGCUUCUCUAGUUAUACCAACUUUAGUAACAACCGCAGGAUAGUAAUACACAGCGGUCUGAGGAGCCAUAAACAAACCUCAGCCAAAACACCACUCUAUAGGCACAAAUAAUGCUCAGAACAGCACCUAACUUCAUCAACAGUACAUAUAGGGUCCCAGCCACCAAACAUCUUUUAUAACUUUGCCUCAUUUCUUUAGCAAAGAGACUAAACACAACUCACCUACUCUCUUCCAGCAGCCGCUUAUUUGUAGGGAGACCUGGGAUCAGUCCAUUAUGGACUGCUGCGGGGUGACACAGCUCAAGGAAGAACAUUUAUGAUCAUUUCUUCAUGGAAAUGCAAUCAGACCAAGACGCUAAGACAGAAGAACUACCACGUCUGCAGUGCAAAAAUGAUUAAUAUGAUGAUUAUCACUUAAAAAAAAUGAUAAAGUAAUGGUCACAAAUGGUCUUCCUUGAGCUGCAUCACCCCGCUGUAGUCUGUAAUGGACUGGCUUGAGGUCUUGCUACAAAUAAGCGGCUGCUGGAAGAGAGUAGGUGAGUUGUGUUUAGGCUCUUUGCUGAAAAAAUCAGGCAAACCAAAAAAGAUGUUUGGUGGCUGGGACCCUUUAUGUACUGUUGAUAAAGUUAGGUGCUGUUCUGAGCAUUAUUUGUGGCUAUAGAGUGGCGUUUUGGUUGAGGUUUGUGUGGCUCCUCAGACCGCUGUGUAUUGCUAUCUCGCGGUCGUUACUAAAGUUGGUAUAACUAGAGAAGCAAGCGGUCGGCAACAUUCAUCUCUUAACAGGGGGUGUCUUACUCUGUGCUAUGGUGUGUUUGACCCUAUCUUAAUUUUAUGCCAGAAUAUCCCUUUAAGGUUAGAUUUAAAUUAGCUUGGUAAUGUGCUAUAAAGUCCCAGUUGGAGAAGAAGUAUAAUGUGGUCAACUGUAUCAAAAGAUGCACUUAGAUCAUGCAGUUCUAAGACUGAGACUACCACUGUCUGUGUUUGAGCAAAUGUCAUAAAACACCUGAACUAGAGCAGUCUCAGUGCUGAGGGGAGCUUGAGCCCUAAUACUUCAUUAGGGUUCAGUACUGAUGAUGAUUUUAUGAUAAUGUUGUUAAAAAUCUUUUUAUAUUUUACCCUAACAGUAAACCACACACUGACCCUGUUUAAUAAAAAUAUACUUUUUCCUCCAGAAAAGUUUAUUUUGCUUAAAAACCUCCAUUCUCAAGAGACUUAUUCCUUUUCCACUCUGUUUGUUAAACUCAAACCCAGCAGGGAGUAUUUCCUGCAGCUCAGCGCCAUUAAACUUACUCUGUAUCCUCUGAGACUGCAGAUAUUCUGGGACAUGUUGGUGGACACAGAGUUUCCCCACUGAGCAUCUAAAUCUGUCCUCAGAAACAAAGUCAAACUCGUCCCCAGAGAGUAAAAAACAGACUCUGUUUUUUUCUGUGAGUUUUAAAAUGUACCUGUAUGUUUUCUGCAGAUGAGCGGGUUUGGACGGUGGUGAGUCAUAACGUCAGCACUCCGGUCCGAGUUCAGGGCUCGUCUCUUCUGAAUCCUCACAUCAUGACCUUUAACUAUAGCUCCACCCCCAAUCAGCUUCACACCAUCAUCAGCGCCUCAGAGCACUGCCAACAGGAAGUGGUUUACAGCUGUAGGAAAUCUCGCCUCUUUAACCCCAAAGGUAAGCUGAGUUAUUUACAAACAGCUGUAGAUUCAGAGUGAUUUCAGGUAAACUCAGGGUCCUGGUUCUUCUUCUGCAGACGGCCGCCCGCUGGCAUGGUGGGUGGACCAGAGUGGAGAGAGGCGGAGCUACUGGGGAGGUUUCCUGCCAGCAGUGCAGCAGUGUUCCUGCAAACUGGAGGAGACGUGCAUGGACAGGAACUACUUCUGUAACUGUGACGCCGACUCAGAGUCCUGGUACAAAAACACAAUCACAGGGUCACAGAGGUUCAAACAGGUUUCAUGCCCUGAGGCUUAGCUUUCAGUCUGGAAACUCUUCUUCACAAACCAUUAAUACAGAAAUGUUAGAAACAGAGGUGUUUGAUAAAUAUCUGAACCCUGAGCAAAGAAACUCAGGGUUCAGAUAUUAACCUCAGAGGUUUGUGAAGGUUUAACUCUUGUUUUAUGUCUUUAUCUCAGGGCUAAUGACACAGGAGUGCUGUCCUAUAAAAAUCACCUUCCUGUCAACCACAUGGUGAUCGGGGACACAAACAGAGCCGGAUCAGAGGCCGUCUACACCAUCGGUCCUCUGCAGUGUUAUGGAGACAGUAGGUGAUCCAUCAGUGUUUCAGGUCCAACUCUAAGGCUGUAGUCAUGAUUUCAACAUUUCAGAAUGCUCUGGUCUGAAACAUUCGCAUGAACAGUGCUUGUCUCAAGACUGCUAGGUUAGAUGAUAAUGUACUCCAAUAUGAUGUGUUCGAGAGUACUUAGUUCUGGAGUGUUGGGAUCUGGAGUCCUGGGUUCUGGAAUGCUUGGUCCCUAAAUGCUGAGUACCAGAGGUCUCUGUUCUUAAAUACCGGGUUAUAGAAUUCUGGGUUCUGGAAUGAUAGUUCCGGAAUGCUGGGUUCAAGAAUGGUGAGUUCUGGAAUGCUGGGUCCUAGAGACGCUGGGCUCUAGAGUGCUUGGUUCUGCAAUGUUUGGUUUUAGAAUGUUUGGUUCUAGAAUGCUAAGUCCUCGAAUGCUUGAUCUCGGAAUGCUGGGUUCUAGAGUGCUUGGUUCUGGAAUGUUUGGUUUUAGAAUGCUUGGUUAUGGAAUGUUUGGUUCUAAAAUGCUGAGUUCUGGAAUGCUGGGUCCCAGAAUCCUGGGUUCUAGAAUGAUGGUUCUGGAAUGUUUGGUUCUGGAAUGCUGAGUUCUGGAAUGUGUGGUUCUAGAAUGCUGAGUUCUGGAAUGCUUGGUCUCGGAGUGUUCUAGAGUGCUUGGUUCUGGAAUGUUUUAUUCCGAACUGUCUUAAAGAGACAGUAGUUGACACUAAGUAUUUCAAUCAGCCAGAGAUAGGGAAAGAGUUUUUGAGUGUAAAACAUGUCGAGAGACUACAGAACUACCAGAGGGAGGAGAGAUGGACUGAACAGAGCAGACUAUGACAUCUCUUUGUUCUUUAUGUUGCUCCUCUGGUCUACAACUCCUUUUUUUUAUGUCUGUAUUUUAGGGUGGAUCUGGAACGCGGCGUCCUUCUUUCAAGAGUCUUCCUCGCUGAUCUUCCCCGCCCUGCAGGCUGAGCUCUCUUCUGACUUCUCCUUCUUCUUUAAAACCAGCGCUCCUUCAGGAGUCUUUCUGGAGAACCUGGGUCACAAAGACUUCAUCAGACUGGAGCUCAACUGUAAGUCCACCGAUCAUCACAGUAGACUUUGUCUGAAAGAAGAGGAGGUCUCACUGUGGACAAAGUCAUAAUGGCAUCCACCUUGAUAAGUGAUGGGACAAAAAGCGUAACAUGAACUAUAAUUAUCUCCCUUCCCCUCUCUCUCUCUCUCAGCUCCAUCGGUGGUCAUGUUCUCCUUCGAUGUUGGAAAUGGCCCGGUGGUCCUGACGGUGAACUCCCCCCUCCCCCUGAAUGACCGGCAGUGGCACCACAUAAGAGCAGAGCGCAAUGUGAAGGAGGCCUGGCUUCAGGUUGACCAGUUGCCCCCCCGCCUGCUGGAGGCUCCGGCUGAUGGACACCGACGCCUCCGCCUCAGCGGACAGCUGUUUGUAGGUGGGACGAAGUCUGAUGAGUCAUUCAUACAUUCAUUCAUUCAUUUAAGUUGAUCUAACACACUCCCCACUCCAUCCCACUGACAAUGAUGUGGUGCUAGUCCAGUCAUGUCCUGCAGUGAACAGUCUCUCUUUAUGUCUAAGGAGGAUCAGCGUCUCAGCUUCGAGGCUUCCUGGGCUGCAUGAGGACUCUGGUCAUUAAUGGUGUGACCUUUGACCUUGAGGAGAGGGCCAGGGCGGUGCCUGGGGUGAGCUCGGGGUGUCCAGGUUACUGCAGCGGCUCCAGCAGCCUCUGCCAUAACAGAGGGAGGUGUAUAGAGAGGAGCAGCGGCUACGCCUGUGACUGCUCCACCUCGGCAUACGGAGGACCCACCUGCAGAGAAGGUCAGAGGAAACACAGGGUCUCAUCAUACAGCUGAACAAACACAACCACCAUUCAAAAAGAGCUGAGAUUAUGUACAAAAUAAUACAGAGUUUGAUGGUUUGUAAAUCAUAAAAAGUCCAUAUUUGAUUGAAAAUAAAGCAAAGACAAUUACCAAUCUAUUGAAGCCUGAAUACAAUCCAUACAGUAGGGAAAUCUACUACAAAGAGUGUCACACUGGAAAGCCACAAAAAUUGUUUUGUGUGUGUGUGCACAGAAGUGUCGGCGUCAUUGGACAGAGAGUCCUCGCUGACCUUCGUCUUCCAGGAGCCGUUCUCGGUGGUGCAGAACAGAAGCUUUGGGACGUCAGGCGUCUCCAGAGAGAGCGCCAGCAGAGCAAGGGAGGACAUCGCCUUCAGCUUCAUGACAACCCAUAGCCCCGCCCUGCUGCUAACUGUCAACACCUUCAGCCAGCAGUACAUCGCUGUCAUCCUCAUGAACAAUGGUACACACACAGGUGUAUGCCCGGUGUUCUGGUCAGGGACACCUGAAAAGAGAUCUAAAACGUCAGACUGAAACCUUCCAGUAGAACCCAGGUGAACGUGUCAUGAGGAGUUUGAUGAGUUUUCUGUGUUUCUGUGUGCAGGAAGUCUUCAGAUCUGGUAUCACCUGCAGACUCACAGAAACCCUGAUGUAUUCAGUCCAGUCUUCAGCAGUUUGGCAGACGGACGGCUUCAUCGAAUCAGAAUCCACCGCGAAGACAGAGACCUGUACAUACAGGUGAGACAUGUGGAGACAGGAGACAGGUGCUGAGAUCAUUUAUGUAUAUCAGUGUCGUCUGGAACAUCUGAGGAGGACUGAAUCACUCUGAUCAUGUUUUAAUCCUCUCAUCAGAUCGACCAGGAUGUCCACAGAAAGUUCACGCUGUCAUCUGAUGCAGAGCUGAUUUCCAUCAGGUCUCUGACUCUUGGAAAAGUCAUCAGUGAGUCCUCUCACCACACUCAGACAUCUGAAGGUGUCAUUAUCUUCCACCACAGAGACACAGAAAUAAGAUACAACUGCACGUUUAUCAGCAUUUUAUCAAUGAGUUAUCGUCAACUUAACAACAUGAAUGUGAUCAAAACCAAAGUAAACAGCUCUGUCCAUGGUCCUGAAACACAACCUACUCAUUUAUCUGUUUAUCACCUUGUUUAUCUAUCCAUCCAGGGAGGGAGAGUUUCCAUGAGGAUGUAGUCCGGGCUGGUUCUGAGGGUUUCGUUGGCUGUCUCUCUUCGGUCCAGUUUAACCAUGUGGCUCCUCUGAAAGCGGCACUGCUAAAUCGAGGCAGCUCAUUGGUCACCAUCCGGGGCUCCCUGGUCCAAUCAAAUUGUGGCGCACCAACCAACUCCAUCACUUCCCACAACCUGAGAGGAAACACGCAGGGUCAGUCACUGUCUGACACUUAAACAUUCGACACUCUAGGUUCGAUAGCGAUUAUGCGAGAAGAUUAAUUCAUGCUGAUCUUUUACAAGCUUAUAUCGUGUAAAUCCUUUUAGCCAUCAGCUGGUUCAUUCUGGUGGGGAACAGUGUAAACACAAGCAUUCUGUGUGGUGGGUGUACACUGUGACUGAGCGUGUCUCUGCUCUACAGAUGAUUCUGCAGCUGCUAAUGAAGAGGACGACCCACAGAGUGGAGACAAACCCACUGAUGUGGCUGUAAUAGCAGGUCUGUUUGAGUCUUUGUCUAUAAAAGGUAGACGGGUAAGAGUUGGACUUGAUUGUUAUCACCAAAAGCCAAACUAUCAGGUCUAAAGAGAAGUGUUAAUGUGUGUCUCUGCUGCUUCUUAGGUGUGGUUACGGCCGUGGUGUUCAUCACGGUGUGCGUGCUGGUCGUAGUGACACGCCUCCUGUACCUGAGACAAGUCCAGAAAGCCACGCCCACCCUAAAGCAGCACCAUCACAGCAUAGAGACCCCUAACAGGACAGAGCUGCACACCCACAACCCUGCGAGGGACAACAUGAAGGAGUUCUACAUAUGAAUAUUUGAGGGAGUACUUGAUUUGAAUACAUGAAGGAGUGCUUCAUCUGAAUACAUGAAGAAGUACUACAUCUGAAUACAUAAGGGAGUACUGCAUCUGAAUACAUGAAGGAUUACUAUGUCCAAAUGCAUAAGGGAGUACUAGACAAGGGGGCUCAAGGAAGUACAAGAUCCAAUUCGAUGAGGGAGUACAUCAUGCUACCACACAAAGGAGUACAAUAUCUGACAAGAUGGAAGUAUUUGGUGAGAACAGGGACUACGAAGUCCUACUACUCGGUCAUGAGUAGAGAGGAAUCUGCAUCUGUUCAAGAAAAGGGUUACCAAGCCCAAAGGAGGGGCAGAAGACAAAAUAGAAUAAAUAGGUCCAACACCUGAAGGGUCUAAGAGGGACAACAUCUGAGUCAACAGAUCAGGACGACAACAUCGUGAAGAAAAAGUACUACAAGAGCAGGACUACAACAUCCUUCAAUCCUGUCAUGACUGAAGUGAGAGUACAACAACUUUAGUACAAAGACCUACAACACUCCAUGAGACAAGGGACCACAAGUCCCUGGAAGACAACGUCCUCCCAGACAAGGAACUACAACACCCUAGAAAACGAGUGAUUACAGCAACCUAUGGGAACGAGAACUAUUAAAACCCACUAGACAACAUUAUGUGAGACAGAGGACUGUCACCAUAAUGAGAAAUGAAGAACUACAACAUCCAACAAGACAAAGCUCUACAAUUUCCAACAAAAUUACAACUUUCAUUAUCUUUGAGACAAAGAAGUUCAUCAUCCAGUGACGCAAAUGUCUAGAGCAUCCUACUUGUGAAAGAACUACAAAACUCUGGGAUAAAGGACUACAAUAUCUUAGGAAAAAAGAUGGACCAGAACAUCCAGAAGGUCAAGGUACUUCAACAUACUAUAAAAGAGAACAUCAUUAGAAGAAGAGGACCACAUCAGUCUGAGACACAGAGAACUUCCUUUUUUAACUUGAGUCAAAUACUUUGGUCUCCAUCAGAACUUUAAAUUGUGGCGAGGGAGUACAACAGCUGACGAACAGACAAAGCAACACCAUGAGACUAGAGACUAGAGUGGGACAUGUUUAGACUAUGGAGGACUGUACUUGUGGAUAUAUACCUGUGAGUCUGCUGGUGGAGGUCCCUCUGUGUGGUUAUUCUCUGUCAUCCAUGGAGCUGAUGGAGUGGAUGUAGCAGCACGUAGCAAACAGAGAAAGCAGCAGGUUAUCAGGCUGAUAAAGAUGAUGAUGAAGAGGAGCUGAACCUGAUGCUCCUUCAGGAUGUGUACAACCUUUCUGACUGACUGUAUAUGCUGAUUAUUUCUGCUGUGAGUGGAUUUUAUAUUUCAGACGUCUGCAGAUCUGGAGCGCAGGCCUCACCUGUGAGACCACAGCACAGCGGAUUAACAGGGAGGACGAUCAGCAGGCCGAUACCAUCUACUGUACCAGUGCCUAAUAUACCCUUCACUCUGUCUGUUGAGAUUAAUUUUACCUUAUUUUAGGGGAGAUUUGUACCCAGAGAAACUUAUGCUGGAGGUUUUAUCACCCAACAAAGAGAAGGCCAGAAACCUGUAGCUUAACUUUACCACAUCAACCACAACUGUAAGCACCAGGUACAAUAUUUUUUUACAGAGUUAUUUUACCUGUCAACAUUCAGUUAAACCAACCAGGAUAACUAAUUAACAUAAAGAGACCCAGUUUGGUCAUACACAGGCCAGUUAGUGCAACGUUGUGUGUGAUUUGUCGCUCGAAGCAAACAGCCACAAGGUCACAUGAUGUUUUUUAUUGUUUGUAUUUAUUUGGACUGAAAGAAUGAGUCAUUUAUACAUAUGAAUAUACAUGUCAUGUCAUCAUUAUUCUCCUUAUGAUUUAUAUAAGUGCAGCUUUAUUAGCUGAAGAUCAUAGUUUAAUAAAAAUAAAGUUGA